GGAUGAAUAGCACACAUCACAACGAUGAAGAUCCACUGUCUUGUUUCAUACGCGUUGGUUUGUGGCGUCAUUUCGGUGGCUCUCGGAGCAUCAUCGUUCGCGGGGGAAUUAAGGCAUUUGACCAGACGACAGGAAUCCUUCGAAUGCAUACCACCCCCGCGGGUAGAAAUCGCUUUCUGUUUAGACGCCUCCAAGAGCAUCGAUUUUGAUGAAUUCAAGGCCAUACUUGGUUUUCUCAAGGAAUUCAUCACAGCGUAUAAGAUAGGACCAGACGCGACACAGGUUGCCUUGGCAACGUUUAGCUACGAAACAAGAAUCAUUUUUGAUCUAAAUGAUAACUCAGACUUGGAUGGUAUUAUUGGUGAUAUCGACGAGUUGGCCUCAAAAAAGGCAAAGGAAGUUCAAGGAGGUAGAACUAACACAUCUGGCUGUUUGUACAAGUUGAAAGACGAGGUAUUAACGGAACAGAACGGAAUGCGCGCUGGUGUGGAGAAGAUAGCAAUCGUUGUUACCGACGGACGGCCAAACGAAGACAAAGAGUUAACAGUACCGUAUGCCAACAACAUUAAAAACGAUGGUACCAUUAUUUUCGCCAUUGGGGUUGGAAAAAGACUGAAACCGGACUUCUUGAAUCAAAUAGCGUCUGAGCCUGUAGAAGACCACGUCAUCAUGGUGAAAAAUGCAGGCCACUUGAUGAACUUAAAAACUGCCAUUGCCAGGAAAAUAUGCAGAGAAGUUGAAGUCGAGUGUGAGCCAGACCCGCUGGCAGUAGCGCAGCAUCAGAGAAUGGACGAGGCCGACGCCAGCCUUGAUGCGAUCAGAACACUUCUUAGCGAUCUACGGGACAGCUGCAUCGAAAACAGAUGUCCUAACUGUUUCACGAUGAACGAAACACUUGGCGCUUGCUAUCGAUUCGGUUCUGAAUUCCACAAGAUGACUUGGGCGGAAGCUGACUUGUUCUGUGCAGGACACUUCGAAGCACGUUCGGUAUCCGUCACGUCUCCCGAGGAACGAGAAUUCAUCCGGUCACAAAUCGGAGAUGAUAAGAGUUGGUGGACAAGUGGCAACGAUCUGGGAACAGUCGACAAGUUUACCUGGGCGGACAGCGGUCAGCUGAUGACCGAAGAUGCCGCUAACCUGGGCAAGAACGCCCCAAACCAGCGUUGCGUGAAGCUCCGGGAGAACACGCUGGAACCAGAAGCGGCACCUUGUGACGAGUUCCACUAUGUCAUUUGCAAGACGAUGAUUUAACUGAAACCGGACCUUCCUUAACGCCGGUUCUUGUCCAAUGAUAUGUAUAUCCGGUAUUGUUGGAGGUUUCUGCGAAUAUAUAUGUGGAUUUCAAUUAUCAAGACGGAAGGUUUACUUUAUGAGACAAUUCAUUACAGUUAUCUUAACACAUUUCCUCUGAAAUACAUGUAUACUGUUUUUUUUUUAAUUGUUUUUAAGUAACGAAAUUGAAACUGAAAAGAGAAGGAAUGCAAUUUGUCUUCCUAAGUGUAUUGUUUUCUGUUUAGGUGGUGAAAGGUCCUAGAAAAUUUAAUUUUCCUCUUUUUUCUCAAGUCAUGUAACAGGUAACACUGAUAAAAAUUUCUUAUUCCCCUGCGGUAGCAUACAAA